AAUUGUUUUUUGCAUUAUCGCGUAUUAUUUUCAGAUAAUGUAAACCAAACCAAUUGCGAAUCAAAUGUUGCGCCUCCGGCUAAAAUAAUACCGGUUUUCGGUAAAAAACGAAAUAAACCCAAUGAUGAAAAGAAGAAGACGAAAAAGUUUAUCGUACCAACGAAAAAUAACGUCGAAUCACAAAAGGAAAAUGUUUUAGCCAAAACCGAAAAUGAAGAUUUAAAACAGGACGCCCAAAAUGUUUUUGAAACUACUGAAAACUUCACGAUUUCUCAAAAAUCUGUAAAGGAUAUUAAUUUUGAUGCCACACCUUUGCCAUCGUUAGAUCAUACAAAUAAUGAUGUUUAUUUUAAUGAUCCCAAUGUUAUUGAAUCUCAGUGUUCAACCAAUAUUUUUAAUUCACAAUCUUCGGUAGAUUCAGUCUGUAACAAAACCAAGCCUGUUCAAAAAGCUUCGAAUUUAGGGGGUUUUAUUUUAAAUUCAAUCAAUCUGCUUAAUGACGGAGAGGUACUCUCUCAACAAUCUACUCAAGAGAGCUUUCAUUCGGGGAAAUCCUUGACUUUCCUAUCACGGAACAAUUCCAUAUGCUCCGUAGUGUCUUUAGGCAAAACUUAUAAAGAUAUGGAUGUCAAAAGUUUCACAGAAAACCCUCAAAAAAUAGUUACAAUGAACACGGAACAUAAAAUACCUGAUCAAGACGUAUUUCUCAAUCUUUUUGUACAACAAAAUACUCAAAAUAAACAAAAUAAUGUUAUUAUGAGCACUGAGUUCGGUGAUAUGGGUUUCAACAUAUUCUUUGCUAACUAUGUUAAAGAAUAUGGCAAUGAUAUGUUUAUUUGCGAGCAAAUAAAAGAUUAUAAAAUACAAAAUGAUAGUGCACUAACUCGUGAUAUGAUUUUGAAUAUGUAUGAAAAUGAAAACUCAUUGUUCUUAAAUAAGAUGAAAAAUUGA